AUAACUAGACAUUUAAUCAAUCCUAGUUCAUGCAUGGCUGCCUUAACCCUCUUUAUUCCUGCACUCGUCUUUCUUCAGGCUUUGUUAGUUUCCGCAAACAUUGAUCUGAAUACGCCACUUUAUACCGGUGAAAAGAGUGCAUGGCGUUCACCUUCGGGCGAGUUUGCUUUCGGGUUUUAUCAACUGAAUAAUGACACAGACCGGAACACGACGGGGUUCAUGGUUGCCAUCUGGUACGACAUGAUACCCAACAAAACGGUGGUUUGGAGCGCAAAAACAGGCUACACACUUGAAACAGCAUCACCGGGAUCAUACGUGCAGAUCAACGAGGAAGGGCUUUGGCUUAUAAGACCCGAAGGGAAUAAUAACAUGAAGAUAGCGAGUCCCCAAACCGUGGUUACCGGAGGGGCUAUGCUUGACACCGGCAACUUCGUUCUCCUUGACGGCAACUCUGAGUAUGUGUGGCAAAGUUUCCACAAUCCCUCAGACACGCUGUUACCUAGCCAAUCUCUCUCUUUGCAGCUCAAUGCUAAACUAACUUCUAGAUUUAGUGACAGCAAUUACGCAGUUGGAAGGUUUCAACUUUAUUUUGAUCAUGGUAAUGUCUUGCUGAGUCCCAUUGCUUCUCAAUUGGGCUACAAUUACAACAGUUAUUAUGUACUCAACGUUUCUGGCAAUGCUUCACAGUUAGUGUUCGAUAAGUCAGGGGAUAUCUAUGUAGACACCAAGAAUGGGACUAGAGUCCGACCUCAAGGUCAAAAAUGGUUUAACUUGACUCUGGAUCCCAAGGAGAAUUACUACAGAGCAACGCUUGACUUCAAUGGAGUAUUGACGCAGUAUGCACAUCCGAGGAACAAUAGUACAGGGUGGACCAUCGUGAGGUAUGUUCCUGAAAACAUUUGCAAUGCAAUAUUCAAUGACUAUGGUAGCGGUUCCUGCGGCUAUAAUAGCUAUUGCUCCAUGGAAAAUGAUAGGCCCACUUGCAAAUGUCCUUAUGGGUAUUCAUUUGUGGAUCCAAUUAAUAAAUUUGGUGGAUGCCAACCCAAUUUGACCAUCGGUUGUGGAGCAGAUGUGCAAGCACGGCCAGAAGAGCUAUAUGAAAUGAAUCUGGCCAAAAAUUUUAAUUUUCCAUUGGGAGACUAUGAAAAGAUACAACCUUCAUCUCAACAGCAAUGCGCAGAAUCUUGCUUGCGGGAUUGCAUGUGUGCUGUUGCAAUUUUAGGGGGCAACACUUGCUGGAAGAAGAGAUUGCCCCUUGGUAACGGAAGAGAAGUAGAAGUCACUGAUAAACAUUUUGUGUAUAUCAAAACAAGAAUUAGAGGUGAUGCAAACGGGGAACUCCCCUCUGCUCCCGAUUCGAAGAAAGAAGAUCGAGCUAAGCCAAUUCUUUUAGGAUCACUUAUUGCCUCACUCGUCGUUAUCAGUAUUCUCCUGGUUGUGGUUGCUUUUCUAAUUCUCUUGAAGCCGGAAGUGAAAAGGGUUGUACAAGCUGCCAGUCUUUUGGAAACAAAUUUGCAUUGGUUUAGUUAUGAAGCAUUGAAAGAGGCCACAUGGGGUUUUAGUGAAGAACUAGGGAGAGGUUCCUGUGCCAUUGUUUACAAAGGCAAACUAGAAGGAGCUUCUUGUAACGUGGUUGCCGUCAAGAGAUUGGACAGAUUGGCCCAAGAACGAGAGAAAGAAUUUAGGACUGAACUGAGUUCCAUUGGUAAAACCUGCCACAAAAAUCUUGUAAGGUUGAUUGGAUUUUGUGAUGAGGGAACCCAUAGACUAUUAGUCUACGAGUUCAUGAGCGGUGGUACUCUUGCAGGCGUCUUAUUUGGACAAUCCAAACCCAAUUGGAAUAUAAGGGUUGGAUCUGCUUUGGGGAUUGCAAGAGGGUUGGUGUACUUGCACGAAGAGUGUGACCCUUCCAUCAUUCAUUGUGAUAUAAAACCUCAAAAUAUACUCAUAGAUGAACAUUUCAAUGUAAAAAUCUCUGACUUUGGGUUGGCCAAGUUGUUGUCUGACCAAAGUAGAACGAAUACCAUGAUCCGAGGAACUCGAGGAUAUGUGGCUCCUGAAUGGUUCAAGAAUGUUGCUGUGACUGUUAAAGUGGAUGUUUACAGCUUUGGGGUAAUGUUGUUGGAAAUUAUAUGCUGCAGAAGAAGUGUGUUGAAGAUGGAGACUGGGGAGGAAGAGAAGGCGAUACUGACAGAUUGGGCUUAUGAUUGCUAUUUGGAAGGGAGAAUAAAUGCUAUGGUGGAGAAGGAUGAGGAGGCCUUGUCUGACAAUGGAAGGUUACAAAGGUGGGUGAAAAUAGCAAUAUGGUGCAUUCAUGAGCAACCUGAAAUGAGGCCAACAAUGGGGAUGGUUAUGCAAAUGCUAGAAGGCGUUAUUGAAGUCCCUAACCCACCUCCCCCUUUUCCCAUACAUUCGAUACCUUAAUUGCCAUCCAGCCGAAACAAAUUGGAGAAAAGGUGCUCCCAAGCUUGGUUCUAUCCUAUGUACCUAUUCCUGUUUGAUUUUUACACUAUGCAUAGUUAUUUUCUUUCUUUUUUUUAUAUUUCUACAUGAUGGUUAACCUUAUACUCACAUACGAUUAUUAUCAGUUUAAAUUAGAUUUAUAAUGAGUUUUAUAUAA